AUUGGAUUUGAUGGACUUGAAACUUUUUGGUGCCAAGCUCUUGAUACACGAUCCCGAGGUCAAGACUGCGCAUCAAAGCGUGCCUUUGCAGUUACGAAUGCUAGUCGAUCAGUCACGAUGGCUGCCAUCCAGCAGCUCCGAAUGGCCUCAGCAGUCUCGUCCCUCUUCCCUCGCCUAGCAUCGACGACCUAUGCUUCGCCCUUCCGCACGAGCGUAUGGUUCGGCCAACAGUCCUUGCCGUCAAUACCGCAGCUGGCGGUUGCUAUCCCCGCGGCGCUCCAGACCAUACCUGGUUUUCUAGGCGAAAUUUGGGAUGGCAUACUGAAGGCAGUGCCUAAGAAGAAGACAUCACACAUGAAGAAAAGACAUAGGCAAAUGGCAGGCAAGGCAUUGAAGGAUGUAACUGCCUUGAACAAGUGCCCGGCUUGUGGACAAACCAAAAAGAUGCACACAUUGUGCCCCCAUUGCAUGGGUAAAAUCCAGGGCAUGUUCCCGAAUACAUCGAAGCAAUACGGGGAUUAGUCGUGUUGGCAAGCGAGCCUACGGGUAUAUGUAAAGAUAUCAGCCUUAGAAGAAGUCGGGAUUUGCAUUGAGUAGGCGUUUAAGGUCGGUGGUGAGCGGCUUCCUGCUCAAAUGGGGGAUUGUAUAAACUGUGUCAAUCUGCGUAUAUCAUGACUUAUAUCAUCAAUUGCUGGUGUUCCCGAGUCG